AUGCCGUACGUCUUCCACGACGUCACGGGUUCGCUCAUCAACGUCGGCGUGGGCAUCCUCAUGAAGUGGAUGCUCGGCAGCGACGAUUUGGUGUGGCUCGCCCCGUUCAUGGCGCGGGGCCAGGCGCGGCACAAGUGCCGCAUGGCGUUCAAGUACGUCGUCUCCGUCGCGUUCCUCACGCUCGUCGCCUGCGGGCUCGGCGCCAUCGUCACGGCGACGGCGACGAGCGGCUCCGGCGACGCCGCGGACGAGGCCGUGGGGACGAUCGCGGGCGCCCUCCUCUUCGCCUACGCCGUCCACUUGGCGCGCGACGAGGGCUACUUCGAGCGCUGCGCGCCGGAGAAGGGCGGCGGCGGCGGCGGCGGCGACGAGGCGCCGAGCCGCAUCGAGGCCGCGCUCGCGACGUCGCUCAAGAGCGCGAGCGACGCGUUCGACGGCGUCGCGGACGUCGCGCUCUGCGGGUCCGGCGAGGCCGGCGACGGCCAGGCGCUGCUCAAGGACCCGGACCGCGCGGCGAAGGCGCAGAAGGACAUCGUCGUCGUCGCGUUCCUCGGGUCCUUGGACGACUUCAUGGUCUACUUCGCGCUUUCGCUCUCGGGCAAGAUCACGUGGCUCGAGCUCUUCCUCGGCGUGACCAUCGGCGCCGUGGCCAUCGCCCUCGUCGUCGGCACGCUCCUCGAGGCGUCGGAGGCGCUCUCCGACCUCGUCGAGAACGUGCCCGUGCCCCUCGUCCUCGCGCUCGUCGCCGUCUACAUCGUCGCCCGCCGCACUCUGCGCUGCAACGCCAUGGCCCACCGCGGGCGGCGCAUCCUGUCGCUGCUACCGAGCGCGACGGAGAUCGUCGGCGGCCUGGGCCUCGAGGACUGCAUCGUCGGCGUGACCCACGAGUGCAACCCCGACUUCAUCGGCGGCCUCCUCGCGCGGGGCGUGCCGCGCGUGACGUCGAGCGCCAUCGACCCGCACGCGCUGCCGCAGGGCGAGAUCGACGGCAUGGUCAAGGCGUCGCUCGGCGCGGGGCUGAGCCUCUACGGCGUCGACGAGGCCCUGGUCCGCGCGGCGGCGCCGGACCUCGUGCUCACGCAGAUGCUCUGCGCGGUCUGCGCGCCGUCCGCGGACGACGUCGGCGCGGCGUGCGCGAACGUCUUCCCGGCGGGCCGCGGCGCGCCGGAGAUCUUGAACCUGGAGCCGCGCGACGUCGCGGGCGUCGCGGAGACUUUUGGUGCGCCGACGGUGCUCCUGCUCGAGUGGCUCGAGCCGCCCUUCGACGGCGGCCACUGGGUGCCGGAGCUCAUCGCGACGGCGGGCGGGAUCCCGGCGCGCAACGCCGAGGGCGGGCUGAGUCGGGGCAUGGCCUGGGACGACGUCUACGAAGCGGACCCGGACGUCGUCCUCGUCGCGUGCUGCGGCUUCGACCUCGCGCGCAACGCCGCGGACGCGCGGCUCCACGGCGACAGGCUGUCGAAGCUCCGCGCGGCGCGGGAGGGGCGCCUCUUCGCCGUCGACGGCGACCGCUACUUCGCGCGGCCGUCGCAGUCCCUGGCGGCGGGCGCGGCGCUGGUGGCGCGGUGCGCGCGGCACUGGGAGCCCGGCGUCGCCGACCUCGAAGCGGCGCUCGGCGACUUCCUGCCCGCGGAGGGCGCCGGCUGGGAGCGGCUCGACCUCGCCCGCGCGGCCGUCCGCGCGGACGCGCGCGCGCCGUCGGCGCUGACCGCCGCGGGCGUCGACGACGACUUCGCGGCCGACGGCUGGGCGGCGGCGCACGCGGUCGCCGUCGCGGAGGGGCGGAGCUGGUACGAGGACCCGGCGACGGGCUACCGCGUCAUGACGUCCGCGAAGCACGCGGAGCGCGGCGCGUGCUGCGGGAGCGGCUGCCGCCACUGCCCCUUCGAGCACGCGAACGUCGAGGACCGCGCGGCGCGCAUCUCGCAGCCCGCCUGGCUCGCGAACCCGCCGCCGGCGGCGGCGGACCCCGUCACCGUGCUCUUCUUCUCGGGCGGCAAGGACUCGCUCCUGGCGCUGCGGCGCCUCGCGGCCGCGGGGCGGGACGUCGUCUUGCUCACGACCUUCGACGCGGGCGAGCGGCGCGUCGCGCACCAGGAUGUUGGGAUCGAAGAUAUUGUGAAACAGGCAACCCACCUGGGCCUGCCCCUGCUGGGCUGCCCGCUCCACCGGUCGAGCGGUAGAGCCUAUGUGGACCACGUCGCGGCCGCGCUCGAAUUGGUCGGCGCGCCCGUGCGGUCCCUCGCGUUCGGCGACCUCCACCUCGACCACAUCCGGGGCUGGCGCGAGGACGCGCUGGCGCACCUGGGCUUCGACCUCGAGUUCCCCCUCUGGCACGCGGCCUACGACGAGCUCGCCGCGGACCUCGCGGCGUCGCGGGUACCCUGCGUCGUCUCCGCGGUCACCGUCGACGACGCGCCGGUCGCCGUCGGCGCGGCGUACUCCGCGGACGUCGCGGCGGCGUGCGCGGCGGCGGGCCUCGACGCCUUCGGCGAGCGCGGCGAGUUCCACACGCUCGCGCGCGUCUGGGACGUGCCCCGGCACACGGCGCUCGGCGUCCACCCGAAGAUCGCCUGCGCGCCCAAAUUCAGUUUCUAA